AUGGCUUCAGUUGAUUCUCAUCAAUCCGGUUACCAGGAUAUACAAAACAUGGCAGAUUUACAACAUCUAUUUGAUAAGGAAGCUGUUGAAACAAAACAAAUCAAUUGUUCAGAUGUUGAAAUAGAGGAUCAUAAUGAUGUAAACAUCGAUCUUGGGCUUGGGAAAGAUGAAGAUAAUAAUGUAGUGGGAACGGUUUUCGCUAGCCCUGAUGAUGCAUAUGAGUUCUACAACCAUUACGCCUUUUUACAUGGAUUUGGAAUACGCAUUUAUACAGCUUUUAAAAAUAAGACAACAAAUGAUCCUUAUCGAAAGAAAUAUGUAUGCAAUAAACAAGGUUUUAAAGAUUUAAAGUCUAAUAGUUCUAGUGGGGAUGUUAAGAAACAUCGCAGGGAUUUAAGGACCGGAUGUGAGGCAUUUCUUCGAAUUUCUAAAAGUAAAGAUGGGACAUGGUUUGUGGAUAUGUUUAAUGAUGUACACAAUCAUGAGCUAACUGUUACUCCGACCAAAGUAAUGAAACACUGUUCUCAUGCGAAGUUUCACCGCUUAAUGGCCUGCAAAUCUCUAGCGACGGAACUCAGUCAAUCCGGGAUGAAACCUUGCCAAAUCAAGAAGGUCAUAAAUACGAUGAAAAGUCCAGAAGAAAAUGAUGUAACAUCCAAACAAUGUACUGACAUCUUAGCUGAGCAACGAAAACAGUACAAAGGUAAGGAGUUUUAUGGGCUCAUUAAACAUUUCCAAGAUAAAUUAUUAGAAGAUCGUAACCUUUAUUUUGUUGUGGAUUUGUCUAAUGAUGGGUCUCCAAGAAAUAUUUUCUGGGCUGACGGGAGAUCAAGAGACUCGUAUGUAAAAUUUGGGGAUGUUGUUGUGUUCGAUGUCACAUACAUGACCAACAAGUUUAAGAUGCCAUUUGCUUGA